GUCAAUUUUUUUGUUAUUCUGCCGAUCGCACCGCAAAUAUUUCAUGUUUUUCAAUUUAUUCGCUGUUUUUCUACAUAUUCGUUUACGAGGCGGAGUAUUCGAGAUGACAACAUAUUCCAUAAGUCUAGAUGAAGUGGAUGUAGCGCUGCUGCCUCUACGCUCCCACAAAUACAAUGACUUCUUGAAGAAGGAACAAUUCCAGUUCCAAGUCAUGAAGACUGAGGAAGUAGAAGAAUUAGAGCCCACAAUUUACUACAAAUGCCACAUAUGCGCCCUCGACGUGCCCGCAGCGUUCGCGCACGAGCACACCACCAGCCUCAAGCACCGCGCGAACGCGCGCAUCGCUCGCGUGGCCACCCAGCGCACGCGCAAGCUCAUCUCCGCGCUCCCCCCACCCCAUGCCCCCCAAACGGCGCGAUUCUGCGCGAACUGCUCGACCAUAGUCCAGAGAAACCAUGAAAAAACCAAAGAACAUCGAGUCGCUGUCAUGCACGAUAAGUUGCUGUGGGAAUUGAUGACUGCCUAUGUCGGUGAUGAUUGUAACGAUGAAGAUUCGGACUUUAGUGAUACUGAUGAGUCGGUGGAAGAAAAUGCAAGUUCUAGACAUUAUAAUGGCAUUGCAACGUGGAAUGAAGUCAAUAAUAAUAAAGAAGUGAAACAAAAGAAAUAUGAAGGUUUGAGUAUUGAGACAGAUAAAAAAGAAAUAGAUAAAAUGGAAGACAAUGAAGUGGAGAAGCAAAAUAACGACAAUAAACCCUUAGAUAAUAAGACGAAAACUAUAGAAGUUACAAAUAUUGAUACAAGAAAGCCUGAAUCUAGCAAAAGCAGUGAAAUCACAAUUAUUGAAACUAAGGCUAAUAAAUCUAUUGAUACAGAUAAAGAACCAACCGAAAGUUCUGCCAAAAAUGAAGAAAUUGCUCCUAAACCUCAAGAUAAAAUAGAGUAUGUUGAAUUUGUCAGCAAAAACAAUAAAAUAGUAAAGGUAUUCAGUGACCAUUACCACAGUUUCACCAGAAAAGGGGAAACGAUAAGCUGUAAAGUAUGCAGUAUUGUAUUCAGUAGCGAAGAAGUAGAUUCGCACAUGUUUUCGUUGAAGCAUUUGAACAAAAUGCCGAGUACUUUGAUUAAUGAGCACUGCGUGAGAACGAUUGAUGAUGUAUUCAGCCAUUGCAUCCUAUGUAACACGAUGAUCAAACAUACAAAUUUAGCCAAGCAUUAUCUGACACUCGGCCACAGCCAAAAAGAAAAACAACUUAUCACCGAUAACCCAAACUUCCAAGCGACAAGUUCUAAUUUCGAUAAAGUUAAUACAGUAUAUACUCCGAAAACUCACAAACUUAAUUUAGAUGUUAAAAUUAAAACUGUAGACACAGUGGCCGCUUCGAAAAGUCCAGAAGUAAAAGAAGUAGGAAAGUCAAUAGAUUGGCCGGUAAUAUAUCCAUAUGAGAUGACAAAGCAAGGCGUCCGCUGUGUCAUUUGCGACUGCAUAGUGCCAAACAAUCCGGAGAACAGGAAGGGACACCUCGUUGGGUUGAACCAUGUUAAAAAUGUGAAGGAUAAGAGAGUAUUUAAGCUGGAAUAUCCAUUCGAAGCUACUAAGGAUGCCAACAUCGCCCGUUGUGCUAUCUGUGACAUCAAAGUCACAAUUUCAGAAGGCAAUCUGAAAGAGCAUCUAGAUGGAAUGAUUCAUGCCACGAAUAAAAUUAAUAAGAAAUUAACUAAAGUUAUUAAGCUGGAAUUUCCAUAUGAAGCUACUAAUGAUCCGAACUUCGCCCGUUGUGCUAUCUGUGACGUCAAGUUAACAAUCUCACAAGCUACUCUCAAAGAGCAUCGAGAGGGGCAGAAUCAUGUGACGAAUGAAAAGAAUAAAAAAAAGCUGGCCGCGGACGCGUUUAGAGCCACGAAAAAAGCGAGUGUCGCCCGCUGCGUCGUUUGUGACAUCAACGUGCCAAACACUUUGAGGAACCUCCUGGACCACCUCUUUGGAUCUAACCAUGUUAAAAAGGAGCAAAGUGAACGCGAAAGCCAGCAAAAAGCGGCGUCUCAAGCGGCACCCCAGCCUGCAAAAGUGGCCCAGCCGUCAACAUCGGGAGGCAAAACGUUCGAAUCAACUUCCGACACUAUUGGAGUUAGGCCGCAGAACUUGUACUUUUCUUGGAUAUAGGGUUUGAACGACGGA